CAGGUAUUGUGGGUGACUCCCAGCACGGGCGAGGAAUAAGCUACGGACGUGUCUAGAGGAGGCUUCAGCGAGAUAGCUGCAGCGGUAGCGAGAGUAGGGAUAGCGUACGGUGGGUGGGCAGCGGUGAAGAGUCGAGAGCGGCCGGAUGGAUUUUGCGGGGUUCGGGUUGGAGCGCGUGGCGAGCUUGGAGGACGGCAGCGACGCCGACGACUGGGAGCCGGCCGGCCGGGACGACCCGAACGGCGCCAGGGAGGCGUCUGGUAACGAGUCCGCUGAAGCGGCUUCGCCGGCUGGCACCGACGGCCGUCGCGAUUCCCCAGUCGCGACGACUCGCCGUCGCAGUCGCCGUCGCAUUCGUCGCGAUCUUCAUCGUCGCUGUCGUCUAGGUCGUCAGCGUCGUCGCGGUCGUCGCACAGCGACGGGGAGAGCGAGGAUCGGGGCGCGGUGGAAGAGAGGAGGGUAGGCGAUGGGGGAGGGGAGGAGGAGAGGGAGGGCGGGUAUGAAGGAGACGGGCUGCGAGCCGAUGCCAAGGACAACGGUGGCGGGGACUCGGCGGGACGAGACGCCGGCGGCGACGGGCGUGAGGGCGACAAGCGGGAGGGGAGGGGGUGUGGGCAAGGUGGAUGGGGGGUUGGGCGUGAGUCUGGACUUUGACGAGGACGACGGGAGUGACUAUAACGCGUCUAGCGACGGCGAGGGAGGCGGGACAGGGAGCGACAGAAGCGGAGAGGACUGGCGAGGCGCGGGGGCGAGGGCGGCGAGGGGGGGAGCUGCAAGAGAGUGGCGUGAAGCGCAAGGAGAGGGGCUCGCCCGGGGCACCAGAGAGCGCUGGGCGAGCAGCCAAGCGGGCGGACACAGGGGCAGGAGGCGGGGCAGCGGGCAGCACGGGGGCAUCCUCAGGGCUGCUGGUGCGUGUGGUGGCGGACCACUACAGCCGGCGCGACAACCAGCAGCGGCACGUGCGCGAGGCCAGCCCCAUCAUCCACCUGAAGAAGCUCAACAACUGGGUCAAGUCCGCCCUCAUCCGCCUGCACACGCACCCGCCCCGCGGCGCGCGCGUGCUGGACCUCGCGUGCGGCAAGGGCGGCGACCUCACCAAGUGGGCGCGCGCCGGGGUCGGGUUCUAUUUUGGGGUGGACGUGGCGGAGGGGUCGGUGCACGACGCCAUGGCGCGGUACAACGGGGACUCAGACGAGUCGUUUGCCAUGCGCUUCCCGGCGAAGCUGGCGUGCGCGGACUGCUUCGGGGUGGCGUUGGACCGCGAGCUGGCGGCGUGGGCGCCGUUUGACAUCUGCUCCACGCAGUUCGCGCUGCACUACUCGUUCGAGACGGAGGAGCGGGCGCGCUGCGGGCUGCGCAACAUUGCGGCGCUGCUGCGGCCGGGCGGCGCAUUCAUCGGCACCAUCCCCGACGCCAACGUGCUCGUGCAGAAGCUGCGCGCCGCGCCCAGCCUCAGGUUCGGCAACGCCGUGUACUCGGUGGAGUUCGCCGCGGAGUUCGGCGUGAAGCACUUCCCGUCGUCCCGGCCGUUUGGCAUCCGGUACGAGUUCCGGCUGGAGGACGCCGUGGACUGCCCUGAGUGGCUCGUGCCCUUCCCCUUCCUGCGGCGCCUGGCUGGGGAGUACGGGCUGCAGCUGGAGUACCACGCCAACUUCCACGACUUCAUCAAGACGCACGCCGCCGUGGAGCCGCACGCGUCGCUGCUGCGCCGCAUUGUGGGCGAGGCGUGGCGCGAGGAGAUGACGGCGGACGAGUGGGACGCAGCGUACCUGUACUGCGUGUUCGUGUUCCGCAAGGAGGGCGACGACGAGGGGGCGCAGGGGGCUGGGGGGGAGGGGAGAGGAGGGAGGAGGUGUGCAGAAGGAUGGAGAGUGAUGAUAUCUUGAUACUUUGAGGCCGGACGGUCCUGGCUGUUGUGCCUGUGGGGGUGUGGUAUUGAGCUGCAUGCGUGCAGCCUGGUCCAAGGGGUAAAAGAGAGGCAAGUGGGCAGAGCAGGACCUCAAGCUCAAAUUUAGGCACCCUGCCCUCAGGGCACACGCUCUGAAAAGUGUGCACCUCACAGGGUUUGUGCUUUAUGUAUGUUGGGCUGAGAAAAGCCCUAGGAUCUUUUCAGAGACUAAGUCCCCCUUGUACAAGAUGCUUGAGUAGUUGACAGGCCCCACGAUAUCAGGAUUUUUACGCCUUUAACGCUUUUUUUCAGGGUUAUUCAACCUUCGACUACCCACAAGUUCAUGUGCUCAGGUUCACUCUGAUAAGACUUCCGCUGUCUUACUAGUCUACCAUUCCAGCAAAGAUCCUGGACCAACAUUUGAGGGUUUGCCAAGUGUUCUCAUUAAUAGUUUUAUACUUAGUCUUUUACAA